UAGGAAUUAGUAGCUGUCAACAUCAAGUGUUUUAAAAAAUGUAUAAAAUUAUAUUUUUACUUUUCAUUUGUUUUGUUGUUGGACAAGGAGAAGAUCGUUCACUUCAAAUAACAUGGGGAAUAAUUUUAAAAGGAUUGACUCCUCUUGUAUCUUUAAGAUAUGGUUGGAAUCAAGCUAAUAUUACUUGGAAUGCAAAUAUUUCAGACAAGGAAAAUCCUUUAAGAGCUACUUAUGCAGUCACUUAUCUUUCACCAAAUAUAACAACAAAAUAUGGUAAUUCUUCAAAUUUGUGCAAUCCCGCCCAAAAGGGUAGUUUUGAAGGAGUUCUUCAGACUUUAAUUUUGAAAACCAUAGCAAAUACCGACAGUUGUCCAAUUCAAAAGGGAACAACGAGUUCUUAUUCUACACCAUUUAAUCAUACAUACACUAUUGAUAAAUCUGGUGGAUGUGGAAAUUUUAUUGCUGACAUUAAAAUAUUUAGACAAAAUCAUAGAACCAAUCUAUUUCCAGUAUUGAUAAAUACUUUCGGAGGAAAGAUAACUGGCUGUUAGACUAUACUGUGACACAAAAUUAAAGAAUUUCAGUAGAAUGGCUUAUUAACUAAAAAAGUUAAAAUGUUUAUUCUUUAUUUAAUUUAAAUAAAUAUCAAAUUGAAAAAAUAAUAA